CAAUAUUCAAUAUUCAAUCUCUCUCCCUGUUCUCUUGCAGCCCAUGUUCUCCGUCACUCCCAGCCUGGCCACCAACGCCUCAGCCGCCUUCAACCCCUACCUGGGCCCGGUGUCCCCAGGCCUGGUCCCUGCUGAGAUCCUGCCCACGGCCCCCAUGCUGGUGACAGGGAACCCUGGGGUCCCCGUCCCUGCUGCUGCUGCUGCUGCUGCCCAGAAGCUGAUGAGGACAGACAGGCUGGAGCCUUUUUUCUCUCACCUUUUUUCCUCCCUUUCUUCCCCCUCCCUCCCUCCCAUCCUCCUCCAAACCCCACCCCAUCCUUUUUUUUUUUUUUCCUUUUGUUACUGGACUUUAUUUUUACACCCAUCCACCACCCAGGGAAUUCCUCAAGCUGUACUUCCCCCCUUACCAAAGAGGCCUGCGCUUGAAAAAACCAAUGGUGCCACCGCAGUCUUUAACACUGGUAUCUUCCAAUACCAGCAAGCUCUUGCCAACAUGCAGUUACAGCAGCAUACAGCCUUCCUCCCACCAGGCUCAAUAUUGUGCAUGACACCCGCUACAAGUGUUGUUCCCAUGGUGCACGGUGCUACGCCAGCCACUGUGUCUGCAGCAACAACAUCUGCCACAAGUGUUCCCUUCGCUGCAACAGCCACAGCCAACCAGAUACCCAUAAUAUCUGCCGAACAUCUGACUAGCCACAAGUACGUUACACAGAUGUAGACACUGCUCAUCAGACAAUGGUGUCCGAGGCGAAGAGGCCGCUUUGGGGUGGGAAGAGGCCGAGCUCAUUAGCCAUAGUGUUUGUAAAUAGUGCCCACAGCACUGGGAACCCCUCAGCAGUGACAUCACACAUUGCAUGUUAACGGGACGGAGCGAGAGCGUGGGACUCCACUGCACACUGUUGCCUAUAAUCCUCUUUGUACAUGGAAUUGAUAUUUGUGCUGAGGUGAUCUUAUUGUCUAGAGUGCAGCAUCGUCUGCCUUUCCAGCACACAGCUCGGGGCUGCUCCCCAAAAUCGUGGCUGUCACCCCGAAAGRCCGACGAUGCUGCAACCAGAAAUCUAUUAUGUAUUGGUACGUCUGUAGACCAAGAUAUAAUUUUUUAAAGUAAGUUUAUUUCUUUCAAGGUUUACAAAUAACAAAGGUGCACCUUGUAUUUAAAAUUGCCAUUAUAGACGAGAGCGUGCAUGCACAGUAAUUUUUGUUUAAGAGUAAUAUUUUUAAUGUAAUAGAUUGUAAGAAACGGGAAGAGAGGAAUCUGACAGAGAUGAAUGUGCCAAGCAAAACCACAACUGUGUCUAUUUUAAAGCACAUCGAUGGCUUUAAGUACCACGUUGGUAAGGAUUCUCAUCAAGUGCCAUAGACUGUCCAUCCACCAGAGUAUUAUUUCGCAGUGUUAUUUUCAGAACCACGUUGAGUCCGGAGCAGUCGAAGGGCACCGUUGUGUUUCAAACCAAAGCUGUCUCAGAAAUGGCCACUUGCUCUCCCAGCCAUGGGCAGCUGGCACAGAGAUCUGCAGCUGUCACAACUCACGGACAAUAUUCUCAUAAACGAGGCACUGUAUUUAUGCACAUUGGGUCAGGUGAGCUGCAAAGGGAACAGCCAUUUCUGAGACACACUAACCAAUGUUUGAGGAAUUCUUUUGCUCUAUUUCUAGCCUCUGUCUCRAGUCACAAGGACUAUAAAUGCUUGCAGAGAUGGGUUUCACUUUAAUUCAUCCAGUCCCGCCUCGGCGGCGACUCUAAACAAAGACGCAGAAGCACUGACAGCAGAUGCAUGACAAACCAAAAUAGGACAAAUGAGACCUUCAUUAGCCUAGAAAUCGGGUGGGUUCCUACUCGGGUGAGUUUUAUAUGGGAUUUUUUUUUGUUCAGAUUAACUGCUUAUAGCCUUAGAAAGCCUUUACAAAAUAAAAACAAACAGAUAGAUGUGCAUUCAAGUUUUAAGAGCGGGUUCAUCCAAAGGAAUUGCUUUUAGUGGUUUGGAUGUUGCAGCCAGUAAAGGAUAUUUUGGCUGAGUUCAGCUGCCUGGGGCCAGGCCCCGGCGGGCAGGAGGGAGAGGCGCGGGUUCGGUUCUAGAACUCGCCAUACUCCGAGUUUACUCCCAGUUUUUAUGAUUGACAGAGAUGCUUUAUAGAGAAGAAUGAUGUGUUGAUUUUCCUGAUUGUACUGUACAUCUAUUAAAGCCUUAGAUUAUUACAUUACGGGUUCAAACCCAUACCAAUGUAAUUUCAAUCGUGUUAAGAAAGUAUAGACGACUUCACAUGUUAUUGUAGUGACUUACCAUAGAGAAUUUACUUAUUUUUUUUCUUGUUAAAAGUGUAGUUUUUAUUUCUUACAUUUAUUAGCUCGUUUUCGUUUUCUAUUACCAGUUGAUACCAUUUCAGUUCGUAGAAUUUUGUUUUAUUAGAGUUUACUGAUAUAACUUUUUCGAAAUACAAAAAAAAAAAAAAAUCGUUUUCUUCAUAACAUACUCAGUUUGGAAUCUACAUGUAGUGUCUUAUGAGUAUUCGUAUUAUUGUUAACUAAAUGAUUUCUAUUUUACUGAUCUAAUAUGACAAUGUAAGAAUGUCAGUCAUUGUUAGUUCUUGUCUAGUUUUCAUUAAAAGAACAAAGAUCUUUUAAUGGAUAUCUUAUAAUUAUAUAAUCAUUGCUAAGUAAGAAGUUAAGUUGUUGCUAUGGCAACAAUCCUGGCAGACAAUUGAGUAAUAUUUUGAUGAUUUAUUUUGUUUGUAAUUAGUUAUUAUGAGAGAAAAAAAAAAUCUAGUUCCUAGAUAUUAGAAUAAAAUUUAUUUUCUACUGUAUCCAUUUCAAAUGUUAAAAUAUUGUUUAAAUAUUUUUUGAAAUCCCUGAAUAUCAGGCCUUGUUAUAAAUAAGCUGCAUAAUCAAUAGAUCAAGGGACUUUUUGUUGAUAAUCCAAAUACUCAAAGUUUACGUAACAAGAAUUSGUGUGUGUGUGUGCAAACUCUUGAGGGUUGAUUAUGCUGCAGUUGGGACGUCGAGAGCGAAGGUUGACUUUUUGCACUUCUGUAUAUAGUCAAAAAAAGAGAGAAACCUGUAUAAUAGUAAGAUCUUAUUUUGAAUAAAAAUGUCUAUAAUUACAAGGAGUUUUGUUAAGGCUAAAAUAAAAUGACAGGCUGAACAAAAUUGCUUGCAAAAGUGGCACAGAGUUAGCACUCCAUCCCCCUUCCAAAACGUUGCUUUGCUUUAUGUGGACAGCUUGUAGUUUGCCAGGAUUUUUUCAGCUGGAAAGAUCUGCCAUCCUUCCGAGAUCUCAUGACUGACAGAAACUCCACUGGGUCAAAUCUGCCUGAAAAUAAAAAAAAAAAAAAAAAAAAAAAAAAAAAAAAAAAAAAAAAAAAAAAAAAAAAAAGCAGGUACUUUAGCCCAUCCAGGGAAUCAUGGCUCAGAUAUUCCGUACAUUAUUCAAAAUCUACUGCAUGUUUAAAGUAUCAAAAUAUAUUAAAGAUAUAUGCUAUUCAAACCGGUUUCUGACAAUUUCAGUGGUUUCUUGUUCACAAAAAAAAAAGAUUCUUCCAAACAAAUCGUGACGUUCACAGCGUUCAACCAGGGACAGGCAAACAGCACCUGCAGCUGUGGGGUCGGGGGUUCUUUUCUCUGUGGUGCUCCUGUUCUUUCAGCGGGUGAAAACAACGGGAAAUGUUCCCGUUUUUAUGGGAAGCUGCUGAUGCUGAGCUCAGCACCCAAAAUGAACAAAGAAAGAAAGAAAGGAGCAGCUGGGGCAGCCCCUGAUCUGAUCUGAUCUGAUCUGAUGUGAUCUGGUUGCUGCAGGACGGACACGCUCGGGUUUGCUCUUUGGAACACAAAAUUCCUUUCGCUUGUAGUGCUCAGUUACGUGCUCUGUCCUGGGCUGCAUUUUGGGUUUCUGCUUCUUUUAUUAUUACUGCUCUAGUUGACCUUGCUGUAUGGAAAAAUAAAGUGAAAUUGCCCUAAGAAAAGUUCUSUGUGUUAAUUCU